UUCUCAGCAUGUACAAUGACCCCUCUAAGUCCUCGGUUCCAGGCCCAAUAUUCUUCCCUCUCAUCCCCAUCCAUCUGUUGGAAUCACACUCUUUUGAAAUAAUUGUUGUGCGAUCUCCUUCAGACUGAAAAUUGUACUUCUUUUCCUAUUGAUACGCCCUUUCGCCUACUCUUCACUUCAAACACUGCCUUUGUAUUUUAUCUCCCAUUUUGACUUCACUUGUUAAUCAACUUCCACCUCUUCAAUUGUUUUUCAUUCUUUAUUUAUUCUCGACUAGAACUCUACCAACUUCCGUCAGCAAAGCUACCAGAGCCGUCCGUUAUGGCCUCGCCAUUUAUGAUGUACUUCACCUCAUCAUUUUCUUUCCUUUCACCCUACCUUCGUUCCUCUACUUCACACAAUUUAAUCACAUCACAUAUCAUCAUCACAAACCCCUCGUUCCAUUUUCCCUCCCCAUCCAAUAUAACACAUAUUACUUUCCCUCGAGACCAUCUUCCUUCUAUAUUCUUUCACCGCUGCCUUCCCUUCCCAAGCCUUUCAUACUGACUCUAUCUCUAGAUGGAGCAGAUUCCGAUAGUCCUGUCCGGGCGGCAUGCCCGAAACAGCGGCCUUGCUUUUAUCUGCUACGUGCCGCCUUGCCGCCUGUACCUUUCUCCUAUUAGGACAUCGAAGCCUCAACCUCAGGGGAAGAUCCCUUUUCACAACACCCCGGUUAACGCCAACCCCUCUCGCUCUAAUCAUACCCGCCCAGUCAGCCAUCGCGCUCCGGGCAUGCUGCGAUUCGCCGUGUCCGGAAUGCGGGCGACUGGCUGUGGUCCCUGGACCUUCGGAGGAGAAAGCCGAAGAGAUAGGAGCAGAGAAGUACAACUUUUUUAAGUACCAUGCCUCGUGUCGUCCGGCUAGCGCUAAAGGGAAUUCGUCUACGUUACACACCCACUCCCAUUGCCGCGGCAACUUGUUGGUGCCACUUAUUUUUCUAGGUGAGUGGUGGCAAGUCGAUAGCCAACAAGCGCUGGGGAGAUAAGCCCUAGGUGAUAGUAUAUCCUAGUUAAGAGGAUGCUAUCAUGCCGCGUAGAUGUUGAGCCUUUCAUGGUAAUAAAGGUCAGGUAUUGGAGGUGGCCCAAUAGGAUUGGUGUCCAUAGUCAAGUCAUCUCUGGGUUGCACUGAGGUUGAGGAGUGUAUGUAUGGCCCCCUAGCACAUUCCGUCACUACACUCUUUUCUUUUGUCUUACAUAACUUGUAUGGUGGUGGUACUGCUGAUAACAGGUCAUCAUUUAUGCUGCCUUGGUAGCCAGUGGUAUUAGUUCCUUUUCUGAAC